AUGGCUAUCAUAUUGUGUCUUAAAACUAAAAUUGAUAAUAGGGCAAGGGCGCGUCAACCAACUGGGUGGAUUAUUCAUCAAUGGUCGUCCCCUGCCAAACCAUAUCAGACUGAAGAUCGUAGAGAUGGCCGCAGCUGGAGUGCGGCCCUGCGUCAUCUCGAGACAGUUGCGCGUCUCGCACGGCUGCGUCUCCAAGAUACUCAAUAG